UGUAGAGGCUGAUGAUCAGGAGUUGGUGGUGGAGUUGAAGCAUGAUUUUGGCGAAUGACAUCAAAGCAUGUCCAAAAACAGCAGAGAAAGCUCAAAAUCAACCUCAAAAGACAAAGAAAAGAAGGGAGAGACUGAGAUGAAGCAUUCGAAUCUUGGUUUAUUUCCGAGACUGGAAUGAUCAUUUUAUCCUUGUUACGGAAUGGCCCGGCUGUGAAAGGCUCGGGCCGUUGUCUCGCCCGUCAAUGGCGCAAUAAAGAGCUCAUGAAUUUGAGUCGGAGAGCUAUGCAUCAGGCUCAUCAUGAUACUCAACUACACAACAUUCGAAAUAUUGGUAUUAUAGCUCAUGUUGACGCUGGUAAAACUACUACUACUGAGCGAAUGCUCUAUUAUAGUGGUGUCACGCAACGUGUUGGAGAUGUCGACUCUGGAAAUACAGUAACCGACUUCCUCGACCUGGAGCGGGAAAGAGGCAUCACCAUUCAAUCAGCAGCUAUCACAUUCCACUGGCCUAGACACCAAGCACUCGCACCAGGAGAACACACAAAGACAAUCAACCUCAUCGACACACCCGGCCAUCAAGACUUUCGUUUCGAAGUUGACCGUUGUCUGCCCAUUCUCGAUGGAGCAGUCUGUAUCAUCGACUCAGUCAAAGGUGUUGAAGCUCACACAGAAAGAGUAUGGGGAUCUGCUCAUGAGUUCAAAGUCCCCCGUAUAGUGUACUGCAACAAACUUGAUCGAGAGGGUGCUUCGUUCAAAAAAGCUGUCCUUGAGAUCGGUACGCGUCUGAAAGGAUGGCCGCUUGUCUGUCAGAUCCCUUGGUGGGAGAAAGAGGAUUUUGUUGGUGUGAUUGAUAUUGUCAACAGAGUCGGAUACCGAUGGAAGUCGGAACGUGAAAAGAAGCGAUACAAUACUGAGGAACUUAAAGAGAAGCUCUCAAGUUCUAACAAGGAUCUUUUACCAGAGAUUGAGACUGCGAGACAGGCCUUGGUUGAGGGUCUUGCUGAUUUUGAUGAGGCUAUCAUGGAUGAGUUUCUGGCUGAGAACGAAAACAUCGAUGGUGCUUUGAUAAAAGAGGCUAUUCGGCGAGUUAUCAGAAGUGGUGAUGGUCGGGCCAUUCCAGUCUUCGCCGGCUCAAGCUUCCGACAUAUUGGUGUUGAGCCACUGAUGGACGCCAUCGCCGAUUAUCUACCAAGCCCAGACGAACGUCCAUCAGCAGAAGUCCGAGUCGGGUCAGCAAAGCAUCGCUUGACAGAAGUUCUCGAAAACAGCCCCAAGUCCGCGAGGAACCAGGUUGCGUCUAUUUCUUCGGUCUUCAAGGUCUUCAAUCAUCCCAAGGAGGGUGUCAUCAGCUUCGUGCGAGUUUAUCACGGCACACUUACCAGAAACGCAGCAAGUUUCAACACCAAUAUUCUUACACACGAAAAGCCCAUGGGCAUUCUUCAGAUUGCUGCCAACAAGACACAGGAUAUUCAAUCGCUGGGUGUCGGGCAGAUCGGAGCUUUGAGAGGACUGAAGAAAGCCCGUACAGGCGAUACACUUGUGACGAUGAAUGCCAACAAGCCCAUCCCUGAGAACUUCCGCCAUGUCAAGAUUCGACCUCCCGAGAUUCCACCACCCGUGGCGUUUCUACAAGUUGAGCCAUACGGUAACGUUGCUGCUCAACAGCUCCAAAUAGCCUUGGAAAACACAACAAGAGAAGAUCCGAGUCUACGGUACAGCCGAGAUCCCAAAACAGAACAAUUCACAAUUCAGGGGAUGGGCAAGCUUCAUCUCGAUGUAUCACUAUACAACAUGAAGCAAAAGUACAAGAUCGAUGCCGACUUCGGUCCUAUCGAAGUUGACUACAAGGAAUGCGUCACAGAGCCUACACGGCCACAAUACACAGUCUUUGAUCGUCCCGUCGCCGGCAAACCCGGCAAAGCUUCAUGUACUGCUGUCCUAUCUCCACUUGAAAACCAUCAUCACGAGACUUUAUUAGAGUCAUGCGUCGAGCGAGACGGCAACAUAUACCACGUCGCUAUUCCCUUGACAGAUGAGACUAGCACUCUCGACUUUGACCCAGAAGAGGCGAGGGCGCAGCUUCUCAACGGAGCCAUCGCAGGUCUGGCGAGGGGCCCUCGUCGUGCAGCUCCCAUUCACGGGUGCCACGUUACUAUCGCGUUGGAUACAGAACCCGGCGCCUGUGAAACUCCCACGGGAGGACAUUUCAGCACUGCCGCUAGGACUGCCGUCCAGGCUGCUCUUCGCGAUGCUUUCGAGAAAGAAAAGAUCGGCAUUCUUGAGCCUAUCAUGCAUGUUACAAUCACAUGUCCAGAGGUUGUCGCCGGUACGGUACAGCAUGAUGUCACUGCUGGUGCUGGUGGUCAGGUUCUUGAGGUCAAUGAUCGAUCUGCUGAGUCGACUGGCGAGGAUCAUAUCGAUGUGUCCAAGAUUUACACGCCCCCUGAUCCGUAUGAUUCUAUCACUUCGCUGCGCGGUAAGAAGUCUUCGGCUAGAGUUGUUGAGAUUAUUGCCAAGGUCCCGUACAAGGAGAUGCUGGACUAUGAUAACCAUUUGAGAAGCAAGACUGCGGGGCGGCACUCGAUGACAAUGUCCUUUGACUCUUUUGCCAAGGUCGUUGGUCAUCGCGAAAAGGGUCUGUAAAGGGAUGGUGUUAAGUGUGACUUUGGGCUUUGUAUCCUGAUGUAUGUAAACUAGAUGAAAGAAAAACUUGUAUGAUAUGUACCAAAUGCUAUCUAUAAACAAAUUGCCGGAUCC